UUCGUUUUCACCCAAAUUCAUUAAAUCAUCAUGACCCAAGGGAAAAAACUGAAGGAAAUUUGUGGUUGCAUGGCAUAUAAAUAGGCAAACAAUUUUGUGCUUUGAAAAUCGACGGAAAGGAAAGUGGCCAGUGGUUAAUACUUUAUGGUCACACCAAACUCGCUACAAUCCUCAUAAAGACGGUGAUGGAAGGAGGAGAGAGAAAGGAGGCGGCGGACUACGUUUCGCUCGGUCAAUUACAAGAGCGGUGGCUGCAGAAGCAAGAAGAGACGAAGCGGGAACAAGAGGAGAAGAGAGAGAGGGAUGCGUUGGCGAUGGAAGGAGGAGAGAGAAAGGAGGCGGCUGCUGCGUUGCCGUCGGACUACGUUUCGCUGGCUCAACUACAAGAGCGGUGGCUGCAGAAGCAAGAAGAGACGAAGCUGAAGCAGAAGCGGGAAGAAGAGGAGAAGAGGGAGAGGGAAGCGUUGGCGCUGAAGCAAAAACAGGAAGGGGAGGGGAGGAGUCGGAAUCAGAAUCAGAAUCAGAAUCAGAAUCAGAAUCAGAGAGGGGGUGCGAAAAUUGGGGGCGGGUUUGUGAGGGCGACUGGUGAGAUUCAAGAGAAGGGGAAGGAGAUAGUCUGUGGUGGGCCCGGCGAUGGAGUAGAAAUUAAUAAGAACAUAAGAAAAAAGGGAGGAAGAGGUAAAAACAAGAGGAAUUUCAAAGGGGCUGAAAGGGAGAAACUUGGGGCUGAGGCUGAGGUGUUGAUUUUGGGUGAGGAAGGUGGAAGUGGCUGCGGGUCUAGCGCGGUUGAGCUGGUAGGGUGUGUGUCUGUGGUUGAGGUUUUGCCAAGAAAUGGAGAGGUUGCUCAUGUGAAUAGAAGUGAUUUGAGAGGUAGAUUCAAUAAAAAUGGCAGGGGUAAGGGUUCACUUAGAGUGAAUGAGUUGAAGCAGAGUGAAGAGGAGGCUGGUGGUAAGAAGUGUAGUGAGAGUGGGGAAGGGGGUGAGAAAGGUGGAGAUGGUGGGAAUGAGAGAGGUGGAGAUAGAGUAAGAAGGAGUGAGGAAGAAGGGGAGAGAAGGAGAGGCAGUGAGAGGGGGGGAGAUAGAAGGAAUGGAGGGGAGAGAUGGGGUGAGAGAGGUGGAGAGGGAGGGAGUGAGAGAGGUGGAGAUAGAGGGAGAAGGAGUGAGGAAGAAAGAGAGCGAAGGAGAGGGAGAGGAGGAUGGGGAAGGAAAAAUGGAGGCAAUCUAGAGAGGAAGAUAAACAUGUUGAAGGAGUAUAGGCCUGUUGUUUCAGAGGGUAACGAAGGUGAACUGAAGUUGCAAAACAAGGCUGAUCAGGAUGAAAUUUCCGAGGUUCCUAGUGGAAUAGCUAGUUUAAGAGUUGGAGAUGUAAAUGAAACUCGGGGGCGGGACAACAGGGCGAAAGAGGAUGGAGCUGAAGGGGGAGGCUCAAAUGUGGAUAAAGUGGCAGUUGAGAUUGAGAAGAAGGAGGAUCAUAAGGUUUUAGCUAGAAAAGGAGAAAACUGGGGGCCUUGGAAGGGGCAUCGAGCAAUUGGAAUCCGGGGGCAUGACAGCAAGGAAAAAGAGGGCAUAGUUGAAGGGGAACGCUCAAAUGGUGAGAUAGUGGCAGUGGAGAUUGAAAAGAAGGUGGAUCAUAAGGUUGUAUCAAGAAAAGGUGAAAACAGGGGCCAUGGGAGGGGAUAUCGAGAAAAUAGAAUCUGGGGGCGAGAGAACAAGGCCAAAGAGGAUGGAGGCUCAAAUGGCGAGGAAGUGGCAGUGGAGAUUGAUAAGAAUGUGGAUCAUAAGGUUUUACCAAGAAAAGGUGAAAACAGGAGCUAUGGGAGGGGAUAUCGAGAAAAUGAAAUAUCUGAGCGAGAGAACAAGGCCAAAGAGGAUGGAGUUGAAGGUGGAGGCUCAAAUGGUGAGGAAGUGGCAGUGGAGAUUGAGAAGAAUGUGGAUCAUAAGGUUUUACCAAGAAAAGGUGAAAACAGGAGCUAUUGGAGGGGAUAUCGAGAAAAUGAGGAUGGAGUUGAAGGUGGAGGCUCAAAUGGUGAGGAAGUGGCAGUGGAGAUUGAGAAGAAUGUGGAUCAUAAGGUUUUACCAAGAAAAGGUGAAAACAGGAGCUAUGGGAGGGGAUAUCGAGAAAAUGAAAUAUCUGAGCGAGAGAACAAGACCAAAGAGGAUGGAGUUAAAGUUGGAGGCUCAAAUGGUGAGGAAGUGGCAGUGGAGAUUGAGAAGAAGGUGGAUCAUAAGGUUUUACCAAGAAAAGGUGAAAACGGGAGCUUUUGGCAUGCGUAUCCAGCAAAUGCGAACUGGAGGGGAGCUUUUGGGAGGGGAAUGAGCCACACGAGGCCGAACAUAUAUGAUGACUACAGUAUGAAACCGAGAGAGAGAAUUCGGGUGUGGGUGAAAAAAGAAGACAAGCUGAAUGCAUGAUGCUACUGAACUUGGAUUCUUCGCUGUUAGGAGCUUCAGUACAUCAUGAGGAGUGAGUGAAAUACAUACCAAUCAGAAGAAUGACGAUUUCUAUCUGUGCGACUGUCAUAGUUCCAAGCGGGAUGGCUACUUUUUGAGGCUGAAUCUUCCUUCUAUUGUUUCUUAGCACAGUUCGGGGUCCAGUAUAUUCUUGUAGUCAUUUAUGCAGUAAAUAUACAUCCCCUUCUUGAUGUAUUUGGUACAUACAAUGGUACAGUAUUAAAUAUUCUGAAUUCUGAUUGUUAAGCUCAAAAUUGUCCCUUGAUUUA